AUGGCUGCAGCUCAUCAACUUCCUUUACCCUCCCUUGAAAGUAAAACAUCAGUUCUUCGUCGAUCUGCAAACUUCCAACCUUCAAUUUGGCAUUAUGAUUAUAUCCAGUCAUUGAGGAGUGAAUAUACGGAAGAAAAAUACUCAAAGCAAAGCAAAGUGCUAAAGGAAGAAGUCAGGGUGAUGCUUUGCCAAGUGGUAGAUCAUGUUGAACAACUUGAGAUGAUUGAUGUCUUGCAAAGGCUUGGUGUUUCUUAUCAUUUUAACGAUGAAAUAAGGAAUGUAUUGGAAAAUGUUUACAACAAUAUGGACAUCUUAAAGAGCAAGAAAAAUUUAUAUGCCACGGCCCUUGCUUUCAGACUGUUACGGCAACAUGGAUAUAAUCUCUCAGCAGAUGUUUUUGUUGGCUUUAAAGAUGGAAUGGGCAAUUUCAAGAAAUGCCUUUCUGAUGAUGUCCAAGGAAUGCAAUCACUGUAUGAAGCCUCAUUUCAUUCAGUGGAAGACGAACUUAUACUCGAUGAAGCAAGAGAUUUCACAUCAAAAUUUCUCAAAGAUUUUGUGGACAAGAAUAGAGGUAAUGAUACGUCACUCCUAAUCAAUCAUGCUUUGGAGUUUCCGUUGCAUUGGAGGGUGCCAAGAUUGGAGGCUUUGUGGUUCAUUAAUUUUUUAGAAGAGAGAAGGCAAAAUGAGAAUCACGCUUUACUUCAUUUUGCAAAAUUGGAUUUCAACAUGGUUCAAAGCAUCUACCAAGAAGAACUCAAGAAUGCAUCAAGAUGGUGGAAAGGAACUGGCUUAGUAGAAGAGUUGAGUUUUGUUAGGAACAGGUUGGUGGAGAAUUUCUAUUUUGCCCUGGGAUUCAAUUUUAGACCAGAUCUUGGAAAUUUCAGAGAAGAAAUAACAAAGUUGCAUUCCCUGAUAACCAACAUUGAUGAUAUUUACGACGUACAUGGCACCUUGGAAGAAUUAGAGCUCUUCACAGAAGCAAUAGACAGAUGGGAUCUAAAUGCUAUGGAUGGUCUCCCACACUACAUGAAAAUAUGCUUCCUUGCAAUCUAUAACUUUGUCAAUGAAAAAGCUUAUGUCAUCCUCAAAGAGAAUGGAUUCAACGUCAUUCCAUACCUAAAGAAAGCAUGGGCUGAUUUAUGUAAAGCAUAUUUGGUUGAGUCUAAAUGGUACUAUAGUGGAUAUACGCCAAGACUGCAAGAAUACAUGGAGAAUGCGUGGAUAUCCGUAAGUACACCUGUUAUACUGGUGCAUGCUUACUUUUUUAUUCCAAGACCAUUGCAAAAGGAGGAUUUUGUUUGCUUAUUAGAAGAAUAUCCCAACAUAAUUCGUUUUCCAGCAAUUAUUUCACGCCUGGCGAAUGACAUUGCAUCAUGCCAGCGAGAGAUGGAGACAGGUGAUGUUUCUAAAUCAGUUCAAUGUUACAUGAAUGAAACUGGAGCUUCUGAAGCAGAUUCUCGUGAGUACUUAAAGGGCAUGAUACUUACAACAUGGAAGAAGAUGAAUGAAGAAGCUCGCAAUUCUUCUUUCUCUCAGAGUUUCAUAGAUACUGCUCUAGACGUUGCAAGAAUGUGUCUGUGCUUUUACCAUUAUGGAGAUGGCUUUACACUACCAAAUCAUGAAACCAAGAGUGGCAUACUAUCAUUGAUUAUGCAACCCAUUCCUAUGACAUCUAAAGAGAAAUAUGCUGUUGAAAAGGAAUAA